AGUGCGCGCAGCCGUCCGGGCACCGACAUGGAUUGUAUUAUUCUCAAACUCAAGUAAAUCUUUAUACAUUUGGCUCAUAAAUGGUCAGGACAUCGCUGUCCCGCCACCCGUGCUUUGUCCGCAAAUCCAGGGACUUGGCCGCGUGCUCUGCUGACAUUUCCUCUCCGCACGCCGUCGAGGCAACCGACGCUCUGUGCACCGAUCCCUCGCACACCAGGCGCUGGAACCGCGGGUCGUCUUGCCGCUCCGUCUCGCUGUCCAAUUCCGCCAAUGUUUCUAGUACCGCAACCGCAGGCUCUGUGCACACGCGGCGCUUGGGCGAUUUCGCGUGCUUCGGAUACUUCUUUGGCGUCGCAAAAAACUCUUUCCCGUACUCCAUCAGGAGCGGCGUCGACUCGCUCACCAUGGUCUUGCACCGCCGGUGGGCACUGGCGGUGCGUGGCCGGCUGACACUAUUUGCGCGAUCUAGCGGCGGUGUGCGCUGGCGCCGCGCCAGGAGCACUGCGCCACCAACCACGCCUGAGAGACAAACUCCACCGACCGCAAACGCAGCAAUCAUGGCCCAGUCCAAGGCUGCUGGCAGUGGUGGGAGCAGGCGAUGGAACAGACUGUAUAUCAGGCUCGAUAUAUCCAGCGAAGAGAUAGGGCUGGCAUCUAGUAAAGUGUAGACCAUGUGAAAAGCGCAGCGAUGUGGAAAGGUGUAAAAGGUAGAUGUGGCAAAGUUGUUGAAAGCAAGAAAGAAAAGGGGAAGGAGAAAAAA